CCAUGUCUAUGACAACGACGACAGACGGCGGCGACAGCAUGCGUCGCAGCGCCGCGCGGAAUCCAAAGCGACGACCUCGGAUCACCGAAGGCUCAAAUAGCCCGAGCGGUCCACAGCGUAAGAUACGCAAACUGACCAACAAGGCCGUCGAUGCACCACUACCCACCGACACGACAGAGUCUCUCCGCAGCGGCCUAAGUGCACUUGCCGUCCAGUCAUCCGCCUCGUUCUCGCGCAAUGGAGAUGCCGGAACGCGUCAUCACAAGAGGCCGCCGAAGACCGACAACAGCACUCUCNUUGACCAGUACAGCGUGCGCCAUCUCCCGAGCACGCCAGACAUUCUGCGCAAUAGCGCCAGCGGUACAGAUCUCUCGCUCACCAACCCAUCUCCUGCAUUGUCUGACCACAGCGCAGACUAUCGCGCGUCCAUCCUCUCCUCACCACCUCUCGCUCUAGCUGUUACCCGCGAACGCGCCUACAUCUGGGACUACACAUGUCCGGCCNCCGUUGCCCACCCUAAGACGUUCGAUGUGCCACGACCAGCCCGUUCUACCGAUCCUCUUCCACUCGCCGCCCUCGUCACAUCACCCACACGAGACAUUGGUCUAGUGAUAAUCUCCGCCGUCACUGGCAACGUUACAUACUGGCAAAACAUCGACACAGCAGAGUCACUGACUCUAUUCAACCAACAAAAUACAGCCGUCAGUGGAAACAUAGGCUCGUUAUCAGGUGGAGAGACCGUCAUUCGCUUGGAUUCAGCCGAUCAUGCUGGCUUCAUUGUUACCCUCAGCUCUGGCCGGAUCGCUCAAAUGAGCCUCAUCGAUGACCAAGGCAGACCAAAGAUCUCGGCACAUUUCUUACGUUCAACCGAGGCAGCGAGUAGCGGUGGUCUGUUUGGCAGUCUCAAGAACGUCCUUGGAGUUGGUCCUUGGAAACGUGAUAUCGUCUCAGUGCGCACCCGCCCGCUUCCUGCUAGACGCGAGAUCCAGGCAAUCGCUGCCACCGAGACUGGCCAAAUCUACACCUGGCACUUGGCUUGGUCUGGCCAACCCACCUUCAGAGGCGCUUUUGAUUUCCGCCAAUUUUUGCAAAAUGAGUUGGCUACCUCUUUGGGCGAGAACAUCAUAAGUCUGCUCGACAUGGUCAUCACUCCUGCUUCUUCGGCGGCUGACGCUCCGCUGCAAUUGGUUUUGUUCGUCCAGGCUGGCCCUGCCUCAUCUCCGUCCUACGCUAUGGCCCAAGUGACUAUGGAAACACAAGAUGGCGCUCGCCUUGAUGGCAUCAUCCGAAUUAACACUGUAUCGCCUGACUCACCCGCUACAUCUCGCCCACGGCUGCUUUUGCCCAAGCCUGGACAUACUGCCUUCAUCGUGUUCGAACACGAAGUCAUAGUCGCUUCCAUCACGGGGUCAAAUUCAUUCCAAGAUGCUAUCCGCCUUCGAUCGGACAAACAUGUCACGAUUGAAGGGGCUUGCGAGGAAGACUUGAUCGAUACAAAGGGCACUUCUUCAUGUGCCGUCUUCAUCAAGGGUCAUGGCCUUGCUCGCAUCUCUGCUACACUGACGGGAGCGUCACACCCCUCGAUAAAGACCAAGAUUGAACAAGCCAUCUUCUACGGAACCAUGUCUGACAACGUUCUUGAUUUUUCUCGAAGACCAUACGACCGCUACGACAUUGAAGAAACCGAAGAAGCUGCGUUAUCCAUUAGUGGUGAGAUUUUGCGCUCAACUUCGCACUUCAUUCCUCCUCUUACUUCAUCCAUGGAGGCUCAUCUUCAGAAUCGUAUCAAAGCUAUUCGGGCUUUGAUUCUCCACCUCCGUAGCGACUACCCGCCCGUAUCAACACCGACAUCGUGGAAGCUACUGCUUGAUGCAGAGAAGCUAGCCGCUGCUCAAGCCAUCUGGAUCGCCUGCGAGGAGCGCCCGUCCAAGUCGACCCUGUUACCCAUCGUCGUUCAGGCUUACUACAGAUCACUGUCCAAACAACAUACUAUGGACGUUAACGCUGAUUCGAUGAGAUCUUGGUUUGUUGAUGAGGUUGCCAACAUUGAUAAGUUGCGAAACUUCGUUCUACUGAUGAUCAACAACGUCCACGAGGACGGCAAGUCUAAGAACAUCAUGCACUUGAUCAGCGAAGCCGACGAUAUUCUGUUCAGCCUUUACGACGCCGUGUUCAAAUUUCGUACAGAGAACGCCGAGGUCUACGGCAUGGAUCUGACCCUUUUCAGUGACGGCAUACUGGAAGAGGGUUACGAAGACCUCAUUGAACCCUGGACUUCGCAAUACGAAGUUCUUAAGUCAUUGAACAGAUUCAUUGAUAUCUCGCGCGAUCGCGCAGUCGCUUCAUUUGGCGAAGAGUCUAAGAAUUCGGACGUAGCUACUGUCGACAAAGUUGUCAGCGAGAAUGUUCGUAUGGUCAACGUUCUUUGCCUCUGCUAUGAGGAACGCAUUGCCUAUAGCAGAGUGCACAACGAGCAGAACAGUCCUGCCUAUGCCAUAAGUCUGGGGAAGAUCUUCGAACAAGCCCGAGCACACCACUUGCGCUCGCUCAAUAGGAUAGGCGAGUCUGCUGCUGGUAUCGUCGUUGCCGAGAAGUACAGAGACAUGCAAACGCUCGUGCAGCUGGUGAUUGAAGAGUCUCAGUUCAUGGCCAACAUCUUGAACGACCCUGGCACUGUUUCUCACGAUAGGACGGAGACUCGUGCCAACAUGAACAAACUGCAGGCCAGAGUAGAAGGUUAUUUCAAGACAUUUGGUGAAGAGUGGGCAAAUGCCUUCUUUGACAGCCAUCUCUCCAGACACCGCAGCUAUGGUCUGUUGAAGGAAGCAGAGGAUUUCAAAGACCCAUUGACUCGUUACCUCAGAGCCGAGAAGGAUCGUGGUCGAUUGUCCUGGAUCAAUGACGUGCUCCGGGAGAGCGAUUUCCAAGAAGCCUCGACGACCUUGACGACUCUGGCGGAAGAAAAGGAGGUCAAAUUCUGGAACAAGAAAGUCGAGCUCUCACUUGCAAAGCUGACAUCCUUAGCCGCCAUAGAAGAGAAGGGCGACAAAGGAAACCAAGAACGACUUGACGGUGACUUGACGGUUGUCAACACGCAAGAAGCCAUCAGACAGCACCUGCAAUACAUCCUGUAUGCGGCAGUUGAUAUUGAGGCCGAGGUCCAGCUAGCAUGUGAUACCUAUGCUGCAUACCUUCAGCUCAAGACUCCAGCAUUGUAUGGGUUGCUUGAGGCAUCCCUCAUGCACAUGCUCAGGAACGAAGCUUUGUCAGUAGAAGAGUUGAUUGACAUCUUGACUCUUAUGGACAUCAAGGAGAGUGAAGACUCCGAGGUCAACAUCAUCGGCAAGCAGUUUUUGAUGGCGUUGCAAGUGCUCGAAGCCGGCAAGUUCAGAAUGGAGGAAGCACGAUUUGAGACGAACCUCCGCAUGAUCUGGAAGAGAUGUUACCUACAAGACGAUUGGGAAUUCAUCAACAACACAAGGAAGCGUACGGACAAGCUGAUCUCGAGGCACAUCAGAGAGACUUUUGCUUGCCAGACGAUGAUGCGUGGGCUAGAGCUUUGUGAGUUUGCACGGAUUGAAGACAAGUUCUCGGCUGACUUUUGGAAUAGCANNCUGUUCCACGCAGGCUCAGGCAUCCGCAUGAUGACACCUAGCGAGACACUGGGGGCAGGAUGCACAGCGGCAGAGCUGCAAAGCAGAUUCCCUAGCGAAGAGCUCCGUGACCCGAUCAUGCACGACCAUGUAAUCCAAGACAGACAGUUGCAAGAGCUGAUCGAGAAGUGCAACGCGGAUCGCUGGCACGCAGUGUGUGUGGAAGAAGCAAAGAAGAAGCUGGAAGAGGAGGCAGCGGCGAGUGUACAGGAAGAGGCAGCUGCGCGACAACUGAAACAGACGUUGGAGGAAGCUGAAAACGACGGUGCCGAGACGGACAUGGACGCACAGAUGGCGGAUGACAAUGCGGGAGCCGAGUCAUCGCAGCAGACUGCAGAUGAUGGCGAUGUACAAAUGGUC